AUGGCGUCCGGUCCUGCAAGCCGCAUUGAAUGCUUCAAUCAACCACUCCCAAUCCUUGAUGCAAAGACAUUGGCCUUCAAGAGCGUUCAACCCUCUGGAGAUUCAACCAAGCAGGCCGUACCCCCUGUGAUUCUCCAUCAUGUGCCUUGCAAGCAGUUCUUAGACUUAGCGAACAAAGCCCUCCAAUCAUCCAAACUUACCAACAACACUCCAAGCCAUGGCCCUAUUGCUACUACGUUCCCAAAGCUUCCGCUUCAGACUGAAAGCGAUGUUUUCCAGGCCUCGUCAUUAUACAUCAUUCACCCAAUCAUGGAGAUACUUCAUGUGUUGUAUCCCGGCAAGUGGACUAUACACGCCGAACUCGACGACAAAAAAGCGCCUCAUAAGCUAGAGAGCCUCGAAGAUCCAGGAACGAAACAGAAAGAAUCUGCAGUACGCUAUGACCUGAUCUUCAAAUCUACCGCGGACCCAGACAAAACUAUCGCUGUGUUAGAAUACAAGCGGCGAGGACUUAUACGCUACAACGAUUUCGAACUAGCAAUGGUCUCGAACAACGCCUCUCCUAGGGAAAUCACACUCAGGAAGGAGAAAGCAUCAACAGGAAAUCUUCUCAAGACAAACGGAAUCUCCUACUGCAAACAAGUGUGUCUUUACGCACAGAUCUCGGAGUGCAAGCAUGUAGCACUCUUCAACUGGCAACACUUACUUCUCUUCGACUUCCAUCAGCUGAAGACUAGUGGAGACAUCUCGCAUACUGCGGGUGAAGAAGCGAAGAUCUCCUGGGUACAUGAAGACCAGAGGAGAGGCUUUAUGGAGCAGGCACUCAUCCGGAAGGCAUUGCUGGGUUGGCUACUGAAGGCGUUCGAUGACUUCGAGAGUCAGUAA